AUGAAAGUCCUCAUCUGCGGCGGCGGCUGCGCCGGCCCCGCUCUCGCCUUCUGGCUCUCCCGAACCAACCACCAAGUCGUGGUAGUAGAACGCUUCCCCCAGCUGCGCGACAAAGGAGCGCAGAUCGAUCUCCGCGAGCAAGGCAUUGAAGUAGUCCGACGAAUGGGUCUGCUCGACACCAUCCGCAAGCACUGUGUCCACGAAGACGGCUUUACCCUCGUCGACGGCAAUGACCAUGUCACAGCACUAAUUCGACCAAAUACAUCUGGACAUGGAUCGCAAUCUUUAUCAUCCGAAUUUGAGAUCAUGCGUGGUGAUCUAGUCCGGAUCUUAUACGACGCUACCAAGAAUAACGUGGAGUAUCGGUUCAACACGACCGUGGAGCGCUUCGAGCAAGAUGAUGUGAAAGUAACGGCCUCCUUCUCGGAUGGGACGUCCGAGACGUUCGAUCUUCUGGUCGGUGCAGACGGACAGGGCUCGCGAAUCAGACGAGGGAUUCUGCCACCAGAUGCACCUGAUCCGUAUCUCCAUCUCGGUAUCCACGCAGCAUACUGGUUCGUUCCGCGAGAGAAAGGUGAUACCAAUACCUUCACGACGUAUGUGUCUCCCGGUGGACGGGCGAUAUUCCGCCGGAGUCACAGUCCCACGACAUCGCAGGUGUAUUUUAUGCUGAAAGACGAAGACCCGUCGCUUGCGUCUAUUCACCGUGCGUCAGUGGACGCGCAGAAGGAGUUCUGGAUACGGCGCUACCGCGGGGCAGGGUGGCAGACGGAACGGUUUAUCGAGGGGAUGAAGACGACGGAUAAUUUCUACUCGCAGGAAAUAGUGCAGGUGAAGACGGAGACGUGGUAUAAGGGACGGGUUGUUUUGUUGGGGGAUGCGGCUGCCUGUCCGGCUGUGGUGACGGGGAUGGGGACGACGGGGUGUCUUGUUGGGGCGUAUGUGUUGGCUGGGGAGAUUAACAGACAUGCUGGGGAUGUGGGGACGGCGUUGAAGAGUUAUGAUACUACGUUGAGGCCGUUUGUGAAGGAGAUUCAGAAGUUGAAUACGUCGAUGGUGAAGAUGUUCUUCCCAACUUCGUGGUGGGGAAUCUGGUUGCUGCAUUGGUUUGCGGCUGUGAUGUGUUUCCUGAGGAUUCCGGAGCUGUUGGAUAGGAUGGGGAGUGAGGAGGUGGGUGGUUGGAAAUUGCCCGAGUAUGAGGAGUUGUGGGCGCAAAAUUAA